AUGCUGGCCACUUUAGUCAUAGGCGCCAAUGGUGUGGUUAUGCCUGGACUCACUGUUCUUGACGGUACUCCUCGAUCAGUUACCUCUGCUGCCUCUGGCGGACAGGUAGAUACCAGCGUGAUCCGUGACCCGGAGCUUGGUAGCAGUAAAGCCUCCGCACUUGGUCGAACUAGCAAAGGUCCGGUCGAUCCUGCUCGCGUCAUCAAACGUUCAUGCAAGGUCUCUCGAGUCGAUCCCUUGCUGAUAGCAUCCUUGGAGGAGGAGAAGAAGGCGUACAAGACGGAGUCGAAGAGCUCCCCAGUGGGUGGCUUGGCUCUAGAGGCUGAGCACGGGGUCAAUGGUCUUCUAGAUGAUUUCUUCCAAACCGCGAAGGGAGUUCCAUCUCCUCGUGGAUAUAUCGAAGAUAGCGUCCAGAAGUGUGCUGGCGCUGGUGCGAAGUCUGGUUUACCGACUACUGCAUCUGAUGGAACUCUCAAGUUGAUCUAUCAUCAGGUUCUUGUCAAAGUGCCUGCCGGUAAAGCAUGCUCUGGAACUGUGGCCGGUGUUUCUGGUGUGUGCAUUGCAAGGGUGCGAAACAGUGCUACUGCUGGUCCUUUUGGCGGCGCAGCGGCCUUUACUCAUCACCCCAAGGCUGCAAAGGCGAAGCCUUCCAGCGCAAAGUUCCGUCACCGCCAUGUCUAG